AUGUUCAGACUAGGGUGUCGUUCUAUACAAUCAACAAGUGUACUAUCAAGUAUACGUUUCAAUAGUACAGCUGCCCCAACAAAUCCAAAAAGUAAAUACUUAUUAGAUGCAUUGAAAAAAGUAUCAAAAUCACAAAAUUCAAUUCAAGAUGAAUCAAGAAAAACAUUUGAUGUAUUAAGUUUAAGAACAGAUUCAAAAGAAAAUCCUCUUAAUAGAGAUCAAAAAUUAUCAAAAGAAAGAUUUGAAUUUUUAAGUAGAACUGAUUUAAAAGCAAAACCAAAAGAUGUUGCUAAACAAUUAAGAAUAACAAAUCCUACUGCUGGUAAAAUUUAUAAUGUUGUUAAUAAUGAUAUUAAUGGUGCUUUUAGAGCUUUACAAAGUAAUUUGAAUGCAAAUAAAGUUAAACAAGAUAAAAUUAAUCAAAGAUUUCAUAUUAAACCUGGUAAGGCAAGAGAAGCUAAAACUAUUCGUAGAAAUAAAGUUGUAUUUAUGAAUGGUUUUAGAAGAUUAAUGAAUGUUGUUAGAGAUGCUAAAAGAAGAGGUUAUUAA